AUGAAAACGAUUUGGAGGUUGCUCUUUAGCGACAGGAAUGCUUGCUCAGUUUCAUACUCUCGAUUCGGCGGCCCAGGUGAUGUCUUAGAUGACCGUCCACGCCCUUCGAGGAUUUACAUUGCACAGUUUGAUGAUAAUGACCCAAAAUUUGUAUUCUUUAAACUUUGUCAUGCUCAAAAGGCUGCAGUGUCUGUUGCUGGAUUCGGUAUGUCAACGGUCAUCUUGGUAUUUAUAUCCGUAUUCUUUGAAUUUGAUUGGUACAGUCACAAGACAGGAAUUGAUAUAAUAACAUUGACUUGUCUGUUUAUUUAUCUUUUGAUGGGUAUAUUGAUACACUAUGACGUUAUAACUGGUAUCAAAAAACAAGCUUCUCAUUAUCUUUUGCCAUUCAUUGUUACGUAUGUUGUUACUAUUGGGGUCGAAGUAUUAUUGAUAUUCUUUCAAGUGCUGCGUUUGCAUUCACCUCCACUCGAUUUUUCUUUUAAGGAAAAGGCAACUGGUAUUUAUGUAUUUUCAAUCUCUGCCUUGCUCAUAUUAGUAAUAGUUCAAGCACUUAUGCUAAGAGCAGUAUGCCAGUGCCGUUAUUAUCUAUCGUGUAAAAGUGCACAUUUGACUGCUCUGAAGGUUGUGGAAAGCAGUCGCACAAAACAUCCUGGAAUUCAAGUUGUUUAUGUUUCUUCGUCACUUCAUGGAACCAAUUCAAUUUAUAAUGCUGACAGUCGGAUUAAUCAAGUAUCGAGAGGCACAAACGAGCAAAGAACUAGUGCACAAGACACUAUUAAUCCUUGGCCCAAUAUUUCAAAUGGUAGCUUACCAGUUUAA